GUUUUGACAACAUCAUUGUUCCCAAAUUACCCCCGCCCAACGCCCACUUUAACUCAUCGGUAAAACGAAACAUGGGUAUGACAGUAAUUUAACCGUCCCCCAUUUCCAUUGCCGAUCAAAACACAGGGUUCUUCUUCGUCCUCCUUGGCUUUGUACGAACCUUCGAUUUCGAGCUCGGAACUCUAAUUAGAACCCUUGGAAUAUUCGAUUCCGGACGUAUCGACGAAUCCCCAAAUCAAAGAAUCGCGCUUGCUUGGCCGCCAAUUGGACAUCAUUGUCUCCGAUUUUUGAAAGGUACAUUUUGUUGAUUAGAAUGGAGAAUAAUUGAAGACAUAUUAGGAAAUAGUUGUCUCGUUGAGUGAAAUUUUAGCGCGAAAGGCAUUGAACUUACGAAUCAUACAUCAGCUGGAAUAAUCCGCCUCCGAAAAAAGUGUAGUCAGGGAAUUUUUUAUUUCCAAAGAAGGGAAGAUGAUAAAUGUAAAAGGUGAGAGUUUGGGUUUUAUGUGCUGUUGCGCCCUGUCAUUGUCAUGCACCUCUGUAUUUUAUGGCUUUGUGAUACGGAUAGAGUGUGGAAAUUGAUGCAAUGGCAACUUCUAGCAAGUUUGAUCUCUCGUCUGGUAGCCCGGAUAGACCAUUAUACACCAGUGGACAGCGAGGAUCCCACAUAGCUACUGCAUUGGAUAGAUCUGGUAGCUUUCGUGAAAGCAUUGAAAAUCCAAUUUUAUCUUCACUUCCAAACAUGUCAAGAAGCACGUCUGCAAUAACACAAGGAGAUGUAACGAACUUCUUCCAGUGUUUGCGCUUUGAUCAAAAGUUGGUUGCUCCAGAGCACAAGUCUGGCAGACAAGGGGACUUGAAAAGAUUUGUGAGUGUCGCUCUUAACGUUUCACCUGAUGAAUCUCCAUCUGCUUCAGUAAAAGGAAAGUUGCUACCAUCUCCUAUUCCGGAGGAAAUAAAACGAGUUAAGGCUGGUCUGCGUGAAAGCUCUAUUAAGGCCAGGGAACGUGUAAAAACUUUCAAUGAAUACUUAUCUGCGUUCAACAAGGUUUUCCCAAGCGUACCAUCUAAGAAGAGAUCAAGAACAGAAGGCUUUUCUAAUGAACGUUCUAGUUCAGUGUUAUCGAGUGAUCGGUCAGUCCUGGGGACAAAUAUGGGCAAGAUUGGUAUUCAGAGUCAUACUGUCACUGGUGGUUUCGAACUUGAGCAGCAAAAGUCUGAAGAAAGGACUAAGAACUCUAUCCCGAACAAACGCACUCGUACUGCUUUGGUGGAUAUGAGGAUGGAUGUGCGGAGUACUUCUCUUGUGCGGCCAUCCUUGAUUGUAGACAGGGAUAGGGAAAUGCUGAGGCUUGCAAGUAGUGGUGCAGUUCAGGGAGAGGAUCGAAAUUUAUCUAAUAGUGUUGAUGGCUGGGAAAAGUCAAAAAUGAAGAAGAAGCGUUCUGGGAUAAAGCCAGAUGCUUCUCCAAGUAUGGUAUCCAGUAAACCAAUUGAUGGCUACCGUGAAACUAAACAGGGAAUGCAGCAGAGGCCUGUGAAUGAUGUGCGUUCAAGGUCAAAUAUUGACUCCCAUGGGUUCAGGCCAGGAGUCACUAAUGGAGUUGUUGGAGUCGGAAAGUCAGACGGAAUCUUGCAACCAACUGGCUUGGGCUUUCGUUCAUCCAUCCCUAAGACUGAACCAGACAACCCUUCCCUUAUCACUGAUAAGAGAGAUCGCCCUAUUGGUACAGAUAAGGAAAGGGCGAACCACAGAGCUGUUAAUAAGGCAAGUGUCCGUGAUGAUUUCAAUUCAGUGAGUCCUACCUCAAGCACAAAGAUGAAUGCUUCUGUUCGGGCUCCACGAUCAGGCUCAGGUGUGGCACCCAAGUUGUCCCCAGUUGUUAAUCGAGCAAAUGUUCCUAAUGAUUGGGAAAUUUCUCAUUGUACGAACAAGCCCCCUGCUGCCGUUGGAGCUAACAAUCGCAAACGCAUGUCAUCAGCACGAUCUUCAUCUCCACCUGUUGCUCAAUGGGCUGGCCAGAGACCACAAAAGAUCUCCCGUACUGCAAGGCGAUCAAAUUUUGUUCCUAUUGUUUCAAGUAAUGAGGAAACCACUCCUAUGGAUAGUCCAUCUGAUGUUACUGGUAGUGACAUUGGGCUGGGAUUUACCAAACGCCUGCCUGGAAGUUCUACUCAGCAGGUUAAGUUAAAAGCUGAUCCUUUGUCUUCUGCUGCACUAUCCGAAAGCGAGGAGUCGGGAGCUGCUGAGAUUAAAUCCAGAGAUAAAGGCAAAAAGACUGAUGAGAUAGAUGAGAAAGUUGGACAGAAUGUUCAAAAGGUGUCCACUCUGGUCUUGCCAUCAAGAAAGAAUAAGCUGGUUACUGGGGAAGACCUUGGAGAUGGUGUUCGGAGGCAAGGGAGGACAGGGCGAGGUUUUGGUUCCACAAGGACUCUCAUGCCAAUGACGGUUGAGAAGGUUGGAAAUGUUGGAACAGCAAAACAGCUAAGAAGUUCCAGACUUGGUUUUGACAAGAGUGAAAGCAAGGCAGGCCGACCGCCAACUAGGAGACUCUCUGAUCGAAAGCCCUAUACACGUCAAAAGCACACAGCAAUCAAUGCAGCGGCAGAUUUUGUCGUUGGAUCAGGUGAUGGUCAUGAAGAGCUUUUGGCUGCUGCAAAUGCUGUUGUUAAUUCUGCUCGUUGCUUCUCCAGUACAUUUUGGACGCAAAUGGAGCCAUAUUUUAGUUUGCUAUCUGAUGCCGACAUAGCUUUCCUGAAGCAACAGGGCAACAUUGAAUCUUAUGUGACAACUCCAGCUCAAGUUCCUUCUAGUGUAGAUGGUAGCACUACUGUUGCUAAUGGGCAUGAAAGAGUUGAAUGUGAACCAAGGAGAGGUGACUUUCGUCCAGAACAAUUUGUGCCAGGAACUGGAGAUCAUGCUGCAAUUCCCCUCUGUCAGAGACUCUUAGCAGCGUUGAUUGCAGAGGAGGAUUCUAGCAGUGUAAAUGAAGACCUUACAUUUGAUUCAUAUGGAGUUGAUUUCGAUCUGGAUGCAGAGGUGGAAUCCAAUGGUUUGGAUUAUCAAUCACAAGAUAACAUUCAGUUUGCUGGGCAUACUGCUUUUAAUGGUUAUAGGAUUACUGGGAAACCAGAAUAUGAUGAGCCAGGUGUAGUGGGCAUCCCAAACAAAGCAAUCAAUUCAGACUUUGAUCAUUCGCGAAAUGGUUUCCUUUCAGACCCAGCAGUGAUGCCUGGACUGUCCUGUUCAGAAUUUCAGUAUGGUAACAUGUCGUUUGAUGAAAAACUUCUCCUGGAGGUUCAAAGUGUUGGAAUUUUUCCUGAACUAGAGCCUGAUAUGACACAGACGGCGGAUGAAGGAAUUGAUGAGGAAAUCAGGAAACUAGAGGAGAAGCACCAUGAACAGGUCUCAAUGAAGAAAGGCUUGCUUGAUAGACUGAUGAGGUCUGCCUCCAUAGCAGAAGAAUUCCGAGAAAAGGAGCUUGAACAGCGUGCCCUUGACAAACUUGUUGGAAUGGCUUACGAAAAGUAUAUGAAUUCUUGGGGUCCUAAUGCUACUGGUGGGAAAAGCUCCAGUAAUAAAAUGGCCAAGCAAGCUUCCUUAGCAUUUGUUAAGCGGACAUUAGACCGAUGUCAUGAAUUUGAAAAGACAGGGAAAAGCUGUUUCAGUGAACCCUUAUAUAGGGAUAUACUUCUUUCUGGCACGGGACAAGCAGAGGCUAUUGCAGAGGGUGGUAGUGCCUCCAGAGUUUCCGCUUCCAUGGGUUCCCAGCCAAGCCAUUCACAGUUUAGUCAGAAUGCGGAUAAUCUUAAUGUCAUCCCUUCAGAUGUGCUUCAACCUUUAAAUAACUUAACUGAACAAACUGCUGGUAGAGAAGAGACGUGGUCCAACAGGGUCAAGAAGAGGGAAUUAUCACUUGAUGCCGUAGGGAAUAAUAUUGGAACUUCAAAUGCUGCAUCGGGUAUGGGAGGUUCUUUAACGAGCAGUGCAAAAGGAAAGAGGAGUGAGAGGGAUAGAGAUGGAAAAGGGCACAACAGGGAGGUGCAGUCUAGAAAUGGAACUACAAAAAGUGGUCGGCCAGCGGUAUCUAAUGUCAAGGGGGAAAGAAAGUCAAAGACGAAGCCUAAGCAGAAAACUCAACUAUCUAUUUCAGUGAAUGGCCUCCUUGGCAAGCCAUCAGAGCAACCUAAACCAGCAUUGCCAUCUGGAUCAAAGUCAGGUGAAAUGACUACCAGUAACAAUGCCAAGGAUAAGGAUGAGUUUGCCAUGGAUGUAAUGGAGGACCCCAUUGACCUGUCUCACCUGCAAUUACCGGGAAUGGAUGUAUUGGGUGGCCCUGAUGAUAUUGAUGGCCAAGGACAGGAUUUGGGUUCGUGGUUGAAUAUCGAUGAUGACAAUUUACAAGAUCAUGAUUUUAUGGGUCUUGAAAUUCCAAUGGAUGACCUCUCAGACUUAAAUAUGAUGGUUUGAAGUUUUCUCUGUAUAGUCUUGUUCAUUAUACUAUUGACAAAUGAAACAAAAUUACUGUUUCAAGAAAUGACCAGUGAUAAGAAUAGUCAUUGGACUAUCCACAGUCCCCGCUACACAUGCAUAGUCGUUUGGCUAUCGGUCCACAGUUAGGUUAUAUAGAUUCUUUUGUAGACUCCUGCACAAGUUUAAUUUUGAGUGAACCUUUCGGAUGUUUUGGAUUUUGCUCUUGUAUUAAGUUGGUGUCUUUGACUGUAAAGAUCUUUUUGUUCAAGGCACCAGUUAGUAUGGCUUAGUGAUUAUAUCUUAGCAAACAGUGUAUCCUGCCUGUAGCGUUCAGAGAACAACGCUCUCUUGUACAUACAUUUUAUUUUCCUAAUAAAAUCAGCUCUUAAUUUAAUGUA